UAUAGAGUGUGGGGGGAACGAAAGCCACACCUCUUAUCUCUUUGAAGAUGAGGUGAAUCUAUCAUUUGGAUUUCAUGUGCUAUUUUGGCCCUUCACUCUAGAUAUAUGUGGAUAACACAAUGUGACACACUCUUUUGCAGCUACACAAUAAGCACAAUGCAUCACAGUCAUCAAUACCCUCUUCCUUGUUUGUAUUGCCACCCAUAUAGCUAUAUUAGGAUGGUUCAAAAUCUCAUAGAAAGAUGCAUGCUGUUUCACAUGAGUCAAGACCAAUGCAUAAAGGCACUGGCAGAACAUGCAGGGAUUAAACCACUUGUAACAGUUACAGUGUGGAAAGAGUUGCAAAAGGAGAAUAAGGAGUUCUUCAGAGCAUAUUUACAAGUUAUCACUCCAAGGCCAUUCAUGAGUAGAUAUUUUCAAAGGGGACCAAGAUAUUUAGCAAGAAGGAGCCACUGGAAAUAGUCAAGUAGUUUCACCAAAUGGAAAAGUGAGCUGUCUGAGCUCUGUCACUAUAUAGUUACGGAUGGAUCAGGGAUUAUUGCUGGGUUAAAUAUAUAUAAGUGAUGAUGAUUAAUUGUAAAAAAUGUUAUAGUCUUUAUUUGUUCAGUAUUAAUUAAUUUGUGAGUUAACAUCCUGACCCCUGACGAAUAUAAUGGGCUGAUGGGUGUAGUUUCUUAAUGUUUGAUGCAGUUCUCAUGAAGUAAGGAAAUCAAUGUUGUACCACUGCCAUUAGCUAUAACUUUUGGCCUAGUGUAAGCCCUCAAUGCAACAAAAGUGAUUGAAGUCUUUCUUAUC